GAACAGCUCAAUUGAAACAUCCAAAGACUUGGUGAGAGGCAACCCGCACGGAAUCGAAGUCUCUAAAGUUACCGCACAGCGCUUAUGCGGCCCAGCCAGCUUCGCCCAGGCUGCAAGCCCAAAAAUAGGCAUUCUGCCUGGAAUACCGAGUACGGCACUGGGUCACGUUUUCUCGCGCCUGAACAAUCCCGUCUCUCUACGCGACGUAGCAUUGCAUAGCAGCAGUGUCAUUGAUAGCCAAGCAAUGCUAUAGCUCAACCAUAAAUACCCCUCAUCGUCCCGUUUCUGCGUCAGUCUCUUUCAUGAUCAAACAACUCAAGGCCACCCUCGCAAAAGUCACCUUCAAGCCAAACACCACCUCAAAAGUCCCGUUUCGUGACAAUGGCGGAUUAUGAUUAUCCAGGCCUUGGUCUUCCCUUGAGACACUUCCAUCAAGAUGAUAACGACUCGUAUCCCUUGGGCAUUCAUGGGAAUUGCUGGGGCUCAGACUCUGACCUUCUACCGGUCCGCGAGGUCGCCAUGAUGAUCAUCAUGGACAGGCUGAUGGACAAGCCCGACUGGGAAAAGAAAGUCUUCGACGACGAAAUUAUCGCCAAAUGGCGUAAAGAAGCACUCGAAUACCCGGAUGACUCGCUAUGGAAACAAGCAACUGGAGGAAAAGUUCAUAAUAGAUGGGCUGGCCAGAGAAGUGACGAUGAAACCACCUUUGUGAGCAGCCAUAUCACACCAUUGACGGGCAUCAUGUCGAAUGAAGCAUUUGACUAUUGCGUACAAGAGCUUCGAAGCAAGGCUCAGUACUAUAAAGAGUCAGCGCUGAUUCCCACCCUCGAUGCUUGUGCAACCGUCGUCAAAUCAGAUACGCUUAUCUCUUCUGACAUGCAAGUUGAGCUGCGAAAUGCCUUUGAUAAGUUGAAAGCGGACCAAAGUGCGUCUCCAGACUGGCAUCCCAACUCCAGCGAAAUGGUCCAGGAUCUCCUCCAUCCUUCUAUGUAUCCCCUCGUCUAUGGCCGGAGCAGAGUUCUCAAAGAAGAAGUUGUUGGAGUCAAUGAUGCCAUUGAAAAAUGGGCUGGGAAAGGGGAAGUCAUCGACAAAGAUGACUCUGAACUGGGUACCAACGACAGAUACAGUUCUGGUAUCGGUGGCAGCUAUCCACCACGGAACUUUUGGUCUAAUACGUAUCAAUGGCUUCCCUCAAAUGUCGCAUUUCAAAAGGAUGGUAGUGUAAAGUUCACGAGUUACAUCAACAAUCUGCAUCCUGGGAAGUACCCCGAUAUGUACCGUACCAUUGAGAAAUUCAUCGAGACGGUGCUCCCGGCUUGGGAUCAAUGUCUUGCACGUCGCAUAGACUAUCACAAUACAAAGCACGGCGCAGGGCGUACGGUAUCUCGGUUUUCUAAACCUUCACACCCUGAUGACGAUAAUGGUGACAAUUGGGACCCGUCCGAGCAAGAAGAAACACCUGUCAAUACAGCGGAGGCCUCUGAUUCCGAUGCUUCACCGACAGCUGUGGUCGAUUUGGAAGAAGAGGCUGAAUCUGAUGACUCCGAAGAAUACGACAAUGAGGAAGAUAGGCAAUGGCGUAGAGCAGAGAAGAGAUGGCACAAGAUUCGAAAACCUGUUCAGCCACAGCCUGAUCCCUUCAAGGCCGUGGACGAUUUCUAUGUUCCUAAAGAAAGCGUGCAACUCUCGAAGCAGUUCAAGGAUACGGGCUUGCAAAUCAUUGUCAAGAUGGCGAGCAUUGAGUUGACACCUGGGAAGCCGGAGUUUCCUGUUGGUGGUUGGCAUGUCGAAGGGCAGAUGAAUGAACGUAUCUGCGCAACAGCACUUUACUAUCUCGACAGCGACAACAUCACCUCCAACAAUCUAUCCUUCCGCAUGCAAACAUCCGCCUACAUAAAUGACGAAUACACAGUCGGGCAGGACGCGUACCACUGGAUGGAAAAUAUCUAUGGAACCGAACUUGGAUGCGGGAACGCUCCGUGUCUCCAGAACUAUGGGAGUGUUGAAACGAAGGAAGGAAGAUUGCUUGCUUUCCCUAAUGUUUUCCAACAUCGCGUAUCCCCUUUCCGCCUGAUCGACCCCACCAAACCAGGACACAGACGCUUCGUCGCACUCUGGCUCGUCGAUCCUCACAUCCGCAUCAUCUCAACAGCCAACGUGCCUCCUCAGCAGCUCAAUUGGUGGGCCGAAUCCAUCUUCUCUGACUCUGACGAGAGUAUCUCUAAGCUCCCAGCCGAACUUGUUGAAUUGUUUCAGCAGAAAGGAGUGACCAUCGAUCCGAGUGAAAAGGCAGAAGGAAAGCUGCCGCCAGAGCUGAAUAAGAUGUUGCUUCAGCAUUUUGAAGGCGAAGGGGCGCUUCUUAUGGGCGAGGAGGAAGCGAGGGAGCAUAGGGAGAAGUUGAUGAGUGAGAGGAGUGCUUUUUCUCUGGCUGCGGAUGAUGAGUGGCAUCACCAUUCUUACUCUUUCUGUGAGCAUUAGCUUGCAAAUUCAAGAUAGCAGCUGUCUGGAGAUUCCUGGAGGGGGGUUUUUUUUGGCGGGUUGAUAGUCGGGGAUCCAGCAGUGUUGAUACUUUGCUUUGUAUGAAAUGAUUUAGGGAUUUCUAUACCCUCAUCCGAAG